ACCAAAGUACGAACGGGUAUAAAAUGAGGGAAGAGGGGCUGAACACAUCUCAAUCGUCGGCAGAAACAGAGACAGACAAAUCAACGAGGCUGCAGUAUUGGACCGAGCGAUGAAGUUCUUGGUGUUGGCUUUAACCGUCGCCUUGCUGUUUGCAGCUGGUGACGCCCUGGACUGCCACCGGUGUGUCUCCAGGAAGGCCGGAGGAGCCUGUGAGCUCAUUGUCGAGACCUGCAAACCAGAGAAGGAUGCCUGUGCUGCUGCCAGAUUCCUCACAGCACCAUACGGCCAAUACCAGAAAUGCAUGGCUCUGUCAGACUGCGAAAUGCUGAAGAUACACGCUUACAUUAAUAUCAAGUGUUGUACAGAGGACAUGUGCAACACCUAUUAAAAUGACGAUGAAUUGGACUAUCUGAAUCUGGCCUUUCAUUUGACAAAUAAAACCAUCUGAGAAAUA